GUUUUAUCAGAAAAAAUGAAGAAGGAGAAUGAGAAAACGGCUGUGAAAGAUGAUUCGCUAGCCUGUGACACAUAACCACGGGCGAAAUACCCCUCUGGUACUACGACCCCCAAAACAUUCUGUUCAGAGCUAAUCGAAGACACUGAGUCACCGCCGGCAGGAUUUGAAUCCCUCGCGGUGCUCCCCUCGAGCAACAACAACCGUGAGAGAGAACAUUGAUCUACAGGUAUAGAAGCGGCGGCGAGAGAACUCUCCCUAAUUGCUCCCGACAGAGGUUGAAGAUCAGCGGCAGAGACGGCUGCGCUGCGCUGCGCGGCGGGGUAGAUCCUCCUGGCUGACCCAAACGAGCACCCGGGUCCUUCACUGCGUCUGAGCUAGAAACUGAAGGCCCAGGUCCCACUUUCACUCUCCACUUGAGCGAAAAUUUGGCUCUUGGGUUGGAACAGAACUUAGCCCGAGCACCACUCUUGCCGAAAUCAUAUGCUACAUCAAGCGUCAUAAUGAGGUUUUCUCUUGCGGUUAUGAACGAUGGACAUUCAAAUUUGCACAGAGCUGAAUGAGCCCCAACAGAUGCUUCCACCUCCACCUGGUACCUUUGUAGAUCGUGAAGAACUUAUCCAACAUGUUGGGGACUUUGCUGUGUCCCAGGGAUAUGUGGUUACCAUUAAGCAGUCGAAGAGGGACAGAGUGGUUGUCCUUGGCUGUGACAGAGGAGGUGUUUAUCGUAACAGGCGGAAAUCUGUUGAUGACUCAUCUUCUGAAUGUAUCCGAAAAAGAAAAACUGGUACCCGGCUGACAAAUUGUCCUUUUGAAGCUGUUGGCAAGAAGGAUGAUGGCUUGUGGGUCCUUGCCAUAAAAGACGGAACACACAACCAUGAACCCAUAAAGGACAUCUCAGAGCAUCCCUCUGCUCGUCGCUUUACAGAGAGAGAAAUUUUGUUAAUUAAAGAAAUGACAGAAGCUGGAUUAAAACCUCGCCAAAUUCUAAAGAGACUAAGGCAAAGCAAUCCGGAUCUUUUAUCAACUCCAAAGCAUGUUUACAACGUUAAAGCUAAGCUCCGGCAAGGAAAUAUGGCAGUGAGAAACUUCAAGUCACUAAGGCCUCAGAAAUCUGCUGUAAGAAACAAUUAUCUUACAGUUACCGAGUCAUCUUGGAGGCAGCGCAACCCUCCGAGGGUUCCCAACCUCCUUGGAGGUAGAUUUGUUGAUUCACAAUCAUCUUCAUCUAUUGAUGUUUUGAACCCUGCGACACAACAAGUUGUUUGUCAAGUUCCUUUUACUACAAAUGAGGAGUUCAAAGCUGCAGUAUUUGCAGCAAAACGGGCUUUUCCACUGUGGCAAAACACGCCGAUUGCAACUCGUCAGCGCAUCAUGUUCAAGUUCCAAGAGCUUAUUCGCAGAGACAUUGAUAAGCUUGCCCGGAACAUUACUGCUGAACAUGGAAAGACAUUGAAGGAUGCAUAUGAUGAUGUGUCACGUGGAUUAGAGGAUGUGGAACAUGCUUGUGGACUGGCAACUCUGCAAAUGGGUGAAUUUGUUUCCAAUGUAUGCACUGGAAUUGAUACCUACAGCAUUAGAGAGCCACUUGGUGUUUGUGCUGGGAUUUGCCCCUUUGAUUUUCCAGCUAUGAUUCCCUUAUGGAUGUUUCCAAUUGCAGUCACAUGUGGCAAUACAUUUAUUCUGAAGCCAUCAGAGAAGGAUCCAGGGGCUGCAGUAAUGCUUGCAGAGUUAGCUGUAGAGGCUGGUUUGCCUAAUGGCGUCCUAAAUAUUGUGCAUGGCACCAAUGACAUUGUCAAUGCGAUUUGUGAUGAUGAAGAUAUUAAAGCUAUCUCAUUUGUUGGUCCAAAUGUGGCUGGUGCUUAUGUGUAUGCAAGAGCAUCAGCUAAAGGGAAGCGUAUUCAGUCCAAUGUUGGAGCAAAAAAUCAUGCAGUUGUCAUGCCUGAUGCAAGCAUAGAUGCUACUUUGAACACACUAGUUGCUGCUGGUUUUGGUGCUGCAGGACAAAAGUGCAUGGCACUUAGCACAGUCGUCUUUGUUGGAAGCUUAAAUCGAUGGGAAGAUAAACUAGUGGAGCGUGCCAAAGCAAUUAAAGUAAGUGCUGGAACAGAACCAGAUGCAGACCUUGGUCCAGUGAUUAGCGAGCAGGCAAAGGAACAAAUAUGCAGAUUGAUCCAAAAAGGUGUUGAUACUGGUGCAAAACUCAUCCUUGAUGGGAGAAACAUUGUGGUUCCAGGGUAUGAGCAUGGGAGUUUCAUUGGUCCCACCAUCUUAUCCAAUGUCACAACCAACAUGGAGUGUUACAAGGAGGAAGUUUUUGGCCCAGUUCUUCUUUGUAUGCAGGCUGACAGCAUUGAAGAGGCCAUAAACAUUGUUAGCAGACAUAAAUACAGCAAUGGAGCUUCUAUAUUUACCACAUCAGGGGUAGCUGCAAGGAAAUUUCAAACUGAGAUUGAAGUUAGGCAGGUUGGCAUAAAUGUUCCCAUCUCUGUCCCACUGCCUUUUUCCUCGUUUACUAGCUGCAAACCAUCCUUUGCUGGUGAUCUCAAUUUUGAUGGCAAGGCUGGAAUUCAGUUUUAUACCCAGGUUAAAACAGUGACUCAACAAUGGAAGGAUUUACCAGGCAGCAAUGGUGCAUCCCUGGAAAUGCCAAAUUCGUAGCUGUUUGUGGACAGAAAGUGCUGUGUAUAUAUUUUUAAUUCUUGAUUAUAGCUGUUUGUGGACAGAAAGUGCUGUGUAUAUAUUUUUAAUUCUUGAUUAUAGCAGCAGAACUUCCGGCUAGUCGUCUUCUGAGUAACUCUCACAAGUAAAAUCCUUACUUGCUUUGUGUAAAAUCUUUUUAUAUCACUCCUGUAAAAACGUAUGAACAACCUUUAUAUCUUUGUCUGUGCCACAAAUGAUCACUCCAGGGCAUGUUGAUGUAUCAUAGAUGUGCAUAUAAUUUUAUGUCCCAGUCUUUAAGAUCCAUUGCUGUA